UGUAGUCUUGUAGACUAAGCUCGUGGUCUUCAUUUGUUUGCUCGUCGGCGGCGGCGGCGGAGGAUCAACAAUUUGGGAUCCGAACGUUAUUAACAAGAUCGAAAGAAGAUGAAAACCCAAAUGCCGACGGCGAGAGUUCUACUUCCGGGUAAUCCUUGCCUCUUUUCUCUGUUUGCCCUUUUCACAACCCAAUUCGGUUGUCGUUCUUCCGCCGCCACUAGUCGUUUGGAGAAACUCAUCCAAACGCGAUGUCGAUCGAGAACUCUUAAGCUCCACGAAGCUUUGGAUUUAUUCGAUUCCAUGAUCCGAAUACGACCCGUUCCCUCUGUUCGCGCUUUUAAUCAUUUGCUCAAUUCACUCUCCAAGAUGAACCACCAUUCCACUGUUGUUUCCAUGUACACUAAGUUGGUUCUCUUGGGUGGUUUCGGUUUUCGUCCUGAUGUUUGCACCAUUAGUAUUGUGAUCAAAUGCUUAUGUCGUUUGAAGAAAGUGGACUUGGGUUUUUCUGUUUUAGGGACUCUGUUUAAAUUUGGAAUUCAGCCCAAUGCUUGCACUCUUAAUACCCUGCUUCACGGGCUUUGCACGCAGGGAUCGGUCUCUGCGGCCGCCGAUUUGUUUUCGGAGAUUGUGGACAAGGAACACCCUUUUGAUGAAAUUACUUGUGGGACUCUGAUUAAUGGGUUUUGUAAGGCUGGAGAAACUAGCAAGGCAAUUGAGUUGCUUAAGAAGAUUCCUUUACACCCAAGGAUUAAACCCAACGUGCAUUGUUAUAGUCCUAUUAUUGAUGCCCUCUGCAAACAAGGCCAAGUAAACGAGGCUUUCGGCUUGUUUGAAGAUAUGAUGACUAGCCAUGGUGUUCGACCAAAUGUCAUUGUUUGUACUUCUUUGGUUUACGGAUUAUGCAAAUACGCUCAUUGGCAAGACGCAAAACAGUUGUUGGAAACCAUGACUAGAUGGGGCAUAUCUCCUGAUGUUUACACAUUUACUGUUAUUUUGGAUGCUUUGUGCAAGGAAGGGAGGAUUCAAGAGGCACUUGAUCUCUUGACGAGAAUGAGUGAAAGGGGCAUAAACCCUAAUUUCAUCACCUACACUUCUUUGAUUUAUGGGUUUUGCCGUUUAGGCGAAUUGAGGAAAGCCAUCGCUUUUUUGUUAGAUAUAAUGAAUUGUGAAGCGGUGCCGCUCGAUGUCAUUGCCUUCAACAUUAUAUUGGACGCUCUUUGCAAGUUCGGAAGGAUGAAGGAAGCGCUUGCUAUGUUUCGUCUAAUGUUGCAAGGAUAUAUAAGGCCAGACAUUGUGACUUAUAACAUAUUAAUCUAUGGAUUGUGCCAUUCAGGUCGAUGGGAUGAAGCUAUGAGGCUGUUUGAUGAGAUGUUGAAUCUCGGAAUAUCUCCUGAUACUAUAACUCUAAGCGGAAUUUUGGACGCUUUUUCAGAAAAGGGUAUGAUGGAAAAGGCCCGGAAAUUGUUUGAAGAAAUGAUUCGACGUGGUCCUAAGCCUGAUACAAUAUCCUACAACAUAUUGAUGAAGGGAUAUUGUCUACUGGGUGAAAUGGACAAGGCGGAGGAGGUCUUUGAAGAAAUGGCAUCAACGGGUGUUCAGCCCGAUACUAUAUCAUACAACACAUUAGUCAUUGGUUACAUGAAGGCGGAUAGAAUAUAUGUUGCCCUCAAGCUUAUUGAGGACGUGAUGGAGAAAGGGUUAGUUCCCAAUGAUGUAACUCACAAAAUUUUGUUAAGCAUUCGUGCUAGAAGGAUUGUUGCAUUCAGAUAAUAAGUCUUCAUGAAGUCCGAUCAUGAAUUUUUGACAGUUUUGUAAAUGAUUGUAUAUUGUUAUAAUGACAUGUUAUUCUUUUUCUGUUAUUGACCAUAUCACACUACAUCACUACUGCUUGGUGUAGAGAGAUAUUAUCAACACAAGGGAAUAUAGG